GAGAGCCUCAGACUUACAGAGAACCCGAUGACCCCGGCAUGACGCGGGCCAGUGCAAUGCUUUCUAUGCCUGAGCGCCUGUAUUCAUGGUAUCUUCGUUACUUUGCGGGCGACGACAUCUAUGCUGGCUUAGUGGAGGGCUGGGGACCGAAGAUUGUAUGAAUAGUUCGGGCUCGUCGCACGGCGUGAUCAGUACCGAACACAAUGGUUCGACAUGUGGCAAGAAACGGGGGUGGACUUUGUCUUUACAUGCCCCAUUGCGAUGCCUGCUGUCCCUCACGGCGGGAUGAAAGAUGCGUUCACAGAUUGUUUGUACGCAUUUUUUGUUUGAUUUGCUUGACUAUGCCGCAGGCGUUAUGCCCGUCACUCACGUCGACUGCGAGUUGGAUGCUUUGGAUAAGUCUUUCGUGGCUAUGAACGCAAUUGAACGUGCAUACAAGAAUUACGAUGCAGAUAAGAUGCAUGGACUGCCCAUCGGCGUGCAGGUCGUCGGACGUAGGUUUGAGGAGGAGAAAGUGAUGGAAGGGAUGAAGAUCAUAGACGGGUGUUACGGAAGGACGAUAAAGGAUAUGAGUUGCUGCGAACAUGAAUGCCGCAGGGAUAAUGGACCCCUGAGUCCACAACGAUGACUAGGUUCGGCAGCCAUUCCCUGGUUUCGAGUAUAUAUUCCGUGGACGGACCAUGUCCGCAAUGGGACUUGUAUUCCUCUAUACUCCCCAUCCCUUUGACAGAACAACCGACCAGCUAUUGUAGUGUGGAGUAUUACUUCCUUACUUUGCACCUAGCUUCGCCCGCUUCUUCCUGGAAGGCAGUAUUCUGUAAAGUUAUCUAUUCAUGCAAUCUAUAUGCCGCGGC